UCGCCUCAGUCUCGCGUCGCAAUUCGAGCGAUUCGGAAGCGUUUUGCCCACGUCCGAGCAAAGAAACAGCGAUAUAUAUUCUUGCAUAUACAGAUACCUCCUAUAUAUAGUAUAUGGUCGGUUCUUCUACGCGCGUGUUACAAAUCAAAAGUUUUGCAUAUUCCCAGAAAUUAUAAAUAAAUCUUCGUUUUUUUUCUCGCGGCAACAAUUAAACGCCAGCUGUGCUUUUCGGCCAUUUCGAAAACAAUUUAAAAGUGCUCUCCUCCGAAUUUGUUAUGUGUAAAUAAUGUGCAAAGCAAGCGCAAAGCUGAGCUAAUAAAUUUCGAUAAGCAUUCAAAAUAAAUCAGCAAGAACGUUUUGUAAACACUACGGGAAUAAUACGAGCACACACAAAAUGGAUAGCAGCAAAUUGUUGAAGAAUGUCUACGGCAUCGACAUUCACUUCGAAGAUCUCCUCUACCAGGUCAAUGUACCCAAGAAGCAAGAAAAGAAAUCGGUGCUAAAGGGCAUUACGGGGACCUUCAAGUCGGGCGAAUUGACCGCCAUUAUGGGCCCUUCGGGGGCCGGUAAAUCUAGUCUAAUGAACAUCCUCACGGGUCUGACGAAAACUGGUGUCAGUGGGAAAAUAGAGAUUGGAAAGGCCCGCAAGCUGUGCGGCUACAUUAUGCAGGAUGAUCACUUCUUUCCCUACUUCACCGUGGAGGAGACCAUGUUGAUGGCGGCAACACUUAAAAUCUCGAACAACUGCGUUAGUUUGAAGGAAAAGAGAACCCUGAUCGACUACUUGCUGAAUUCGCUGAAGCUGACGAAGGCGCGACAGACCAAGUGCUCCAACCUAAGUGGCGGCCAGAAGAAGCGCCUGUCCAUCGCCCUGGAGCUGAUAGACAAUCCAGCGGUGUUAUUUUUAGACGAGCCCACAACCGGAUUGGACAGCUCCUCCUCCUUCGACACCAUCCAACUGCUGCGCGGUCUGGCUAACGAGGGACGUACCAUCGUGUGCACGAUCCACCAGCCGUCGACCAAUAUCUACAAUCUGUUCAACCUGAUCUACGUCCUGAGCGCGGGUCAAUGCACCUACCAGGGCACGCCCCAGAACACGGUCAUGUUCCUCAGCAGCGUCGCCCUGGAGUGCCCGCCCUACCACAAUCCCGCCGACUUCCUGCUGGAGUGCGCGAAUGGGGAUUACGGCGAUCAGACGGAGACCCUGGCGGAAGCCGCCAAGGACAACCGGUGGCGAUACGAUCAGCAAUUGAUGCAAGGAGAGGCUGCCGAUCCGCCCAGCGAAACACAGGUGGCCAAGUUCAACGAAUCUCAAUCGGCACCUGGGCAGGUUAAGGUGCAGGUCCAGAAGAUCGAAAUCCAGAACAUGGAGUCAUCGAAGGACCUGACCAAACACACCUAUCCGCCCACGGAAUCUACGCGACUCUGGUUGCUCAUCGGUCGUUGUCAUUUGCAGUUCUUCAGGGAUUGGACUCUAACCUAUCUGAAGCUUGGUAUUCACAUACUGUGCUCCAUAUUGAUCGGCUUGUUCUUCGGCGAUUCGGGCAGCAAUGCCACUAAGCAAAUAUCGAAUGUUGGCAUGAUCAUGAUCCACUGCGUAUAUCUCUGGUACACCACCAUUAUGCCGGGCAUUUUGAGAUAUCCCGCUGAAAUAGAAAUCAUUAGAAAGGAAACGUUCAAUAACUGGUACAAACUGCGAACUUAUUAUCUUGCCACCAUCAUAACUUCCACUCCAGUUCACAUUAUCUUUUCGACGGUGUAUAUAACGAUAGGAUAUCUGAUGACGGAUCAGCCCGUUGAAAUGGAUCGAUUUGUGAAAUAUCUUCUGAGUGCAGUGGUGGUGACCAUUUGUGCGGAUGGCUUGGGAGUUUUCCUGGGCACCGUGUUGAAUCCUGUGAAUGGAACUUUUGUUGGAGCCGUUUCGACAUCUUGUAUGCUGAUGUUCUCCGGCUUUCUCAUUCUGCUGAAUCACAUUCCGGCUGCCAUGAGGUUCAUGGCCUAUAUUUCGCCACUGCGAUACGCCUUGGAGAAUAUGGUAAUAUCGCUAUAUGGAAACCAGCGGGGACAGUUGAUCUGCCCGCCCACGGAGUUCUAUUGCCACUUCAAAAAUGCCGUCACUGUUCUGCAACAAUUCGGAAUGGAGGGCGGCGACUUUGGCCACAACAUCAUUAUGAUCCUGAUCCAAAUAGCGAUCUUCAAGGUUCUGUCCUACUUUACGUUGAAGCACAAGAUCAAGACGAACUAAAUAAGGCUAUUGUGCGUUUGCUUUUAGUAUUCGGCUUAAUUUGAAUCGAAUGUGAUUUUAUGUUACUUAUAUCGCUUAGUUGCAAGUAAACCCAACUUUUUAUAUACCGGCGUGUGAUACUUUAAAAAAAAAUGCAACGGACCAUUGCAAUAUGCCAAUGCCAACUGUUGCGGCAACCUCUAAGCAUAGCGAAUCAUAGUUUUUAUACUGUUUAUGUAUGGCUAAACUAACAUUUAUCUAUUGUACGUGUAAUUAUUUGUCUAGUUAACCUAUUUUGUAAGAGAGACCUGUAUGAACAAACGAAAUAAACAAGAAGUUUAAGUAG